AGGAUUGCCUCUCAUUUAGGCUGCAAUUGUGAAGUGUUACAAUUACGUCAAACACUCUGUUAUUCGACUGCGCGUAUCAAUUUUUUUUUUUUUUGGGAGGCAUCGUCAUCAUUUGCCCCCCAUUGUAAUUGGGUUUCGUUGGGAAAGGGCGAGCUGCUGCAGUUAAAGCACGCUAUCUUUAUGUUUAAAAGACGAUGAUCUUAGUGGUUGAAAGAAGAAAGGAGCUUAAGACAAGCUUCAGACCCCGAGCCAAGCCUUGGGAAUAGCGGGACAAUACUACAAUGCAAAGAAUGAGAAUGGUAAUAACAUCUAAUUCUACAAGGACCUGCGAAGAUAAGAAUGAAUAAUGGAUGGCUUCUUGAAGAUACGUUUUUGUUGAACGAAAGAGUGGCUUGUAAAGUAAGGUCUAGAUAAAUCCAAAUAAAAAUAAAGGCAAGGUGUUGAAAUUGGUUCUGAACGUCGUGUACAUGCUGAGGAUCACGGGAAAGGACGGAGGAGAGUGGAAGGGUCAACAUCAAAAGAAACAUUGGCGCUUCGUGGCAAUUUUUUUUUCGUUUCGGUGUGGGGUUGAAUCCUGGUUUCAUGGGUCCAGCUCGGCCUCAUCCUCUGCAAAAUUCAAAACAUGGAAUGCCAAAAGUACAGACAACAUAAAGCUGACGCACGUGAACCCAGCGUGAAAAGCACGUGAACUGGGGGCGACCACUCACAAAUUCUACCCCUUGGCGAUGUGAUCCCUGAGGGAAAGGGCGUGACUCCGUACCCUCCCCCUCCCCAAUCCCCAAUCAUGGUGGCGUUUUCGAAAACUACCCAGCCCCUGUGCGGGCCCCACCAUCCUACUCAGUCCACCCACAUCUUAAGUUUCCUCCUUUCUCUUGUGGAUCCGCCUCUCCCUCUUCAAUCCAAUUCUCUAUUAGCCUUACCUAUCCUUCCUCUAGUUUACCAAACCGGGUAUUGACAGUGACGAUCCACCCCCAGAGAUCUUAUCCUUAUCUUUGAAUGAACUCCAAUUCGAAAUAAGGGUGCCCACUAUUUAGUAUAGCACUUCCUUUCUGCUGCCCAAGAAAAGAUAUUUCAUAGGAUUAUUGACCUCUAUUAUUUUUUCUUCUUUGCUGAAAUUUUAAUUUGUGUUGUUCAAGCUAUCGGAAAAAUAAGGUGGUCCACUGGUCCCACUUUAGUCCAACCCCAUUUCUUUGGUACGUACCCCUCAUAAUCUGACAGAUACAAACUGCAUGAGUUUUGUGGACACCUUCGCGUGUACUAGCAAUUGAAUUGAGACACGAUAGGCUUCCAGAUUAUCGUCUGAGAACCACAUCUUUUGUUAUUAAUCUAGCAUUCUAGUUGCCGCUCCCUUACCGCGUGGAACCCAACAUUCUGCUUACGUACCAUCAACGAUCUGGGAACUCUGGUCUCUGCUUCCUCCAAGUUCUUUUUGCAGCCCUACUAAAUUGGAUGUUGAAUCUCACCGCCUUUCAAUAAGAGGAAAAAAGGGAGUUUGAGAGUAUCUAGCUAGCGGAGGAGGUUAGUUGCUAUGUAAUAUAAAGCGUACGUCAAGUGUCAAUCAGAAAGAGAACACAGAUGGCAGAGAGCAGCCAAUUGUUAUAGCUAUCGGUUAGAGCACCUUCCGUUGCCUCUGUUAUUGUUCGAUCUACUCUUCUGGAAUCCCAUAUAUUGAAUGGCAGAGAAGCAGAAUGAGUCAAUCAGCCCAGGAAUCACAGGCAGCUCCUCCCAUGUUGCUUCCGUGUACGGCAAUGAUUUUGUUGAGCUGGUUUGGCAAAGUGGCCAAAUUCUGGUGCAAGGAGGGUCAUCGAGCAGAACACUGAAGAGACCCUCGUGCAUUGGCUAUUCCAUAAAUCCCUCCCAUGAAGCUUACGACGAGGAUACCUGCGUCACAAAACGUGCAAGGUUAAACACUUUGUACACGCUUUUGGACUCUUCACAUCAAAAUUCCCGACAAACUAAUGGCCCGUGUUCAUAUCCGUUUGAUUCGAAAUGCACCGAAAGCAAUAAUUUUGGUAAUAAACCUGGGGAUGAGUUAUCCACAUUAAUAGUAGAAAGAGAAUCUAUGUCCAAGCCCACCAGGGGGAAUACUCAGUUAUGCUCGACUUCCUUACAGACCCAGAAGCAUGACUCGGGAUAUGAUCAAAGAGUUGGAAAGAUUAAUUUCUCCAACUUCCUAAGACCUGCAUUGUUUUUCAAAUCUACUUGUCAGGGAAACAGUGCAGCUCGGCACCCAAACACUGCCGUUUCGGCUAGAGCGGAGGAGAUCAAAGCAACUGAUGGUGGUAGUAUCAAAGCUCUUGAUCAUUCUGUUGUGAUUGACUCGGCUAAGGGAUCACAUAUUCUCAACGGAGUUCACCCUGGCCGGACAGCUUUUACUUCUAAUAAAGCAAACUCAACAACACCCUUUGAUGCAAAAAAGGAUCAGGAACCACUCCCUGAUGAGCAAUCCGAAGCUGUUGGAUACGAUAGGGCCCUGAAGGGUCAGGGAUCACACGGUCAAUAUCAUCAAACUCACAGUAGAAAAAUAAAAACAGCUGCUGAGUUUUCUAGUGCACCCUUGGUAGCAUCUUCCUCUUUAUGCUCGCUUGGAGCCUCGAACGACCCUACCCUACAUAGUAGGAAACACGAGGACACCGACGACUCAACCUAUACAAGUGAUAAUGAUGAAGAAACAGAAGACACGGUAAAGGAAACGUCGGCUCGAGAUGGUUCAAGAGGCAAGAGAAUCAGGAACACGCAGAUGCAUAAUUUAUCGGAGAGGAAGCGAAGAGAUAAGAUUAACAAGAAGAUGCGUGCAUUAAAAGAGCUUAUACCUCAUUGCAACAAGAUGGACAAGGCUUCCAUGCUGGAUGAUGCUAUCGAUUAUCUGAAGACCCUCAAGCUUCAGUUGCAGGUAUUGUCAAUGGGAAGUGGGGUUUGUAUGCCUAUGAUGAUGUCGAUGUUAACAGCAGGAGGUUGUGGGCAUCAGUUAGGUAUGAGGCCAGGCAUAGGCAUGCCUUGCAGCCUCCCUCCUCAUCAGUUUGGUAGUGGCAGUAUUCUUCCGCAGGUCCCCCCUCACCCUCACGCCAUCGCUAACAAUAGUCUUCAUCAAAUGCUUCCUGGUUUCCCCAAUCAAAUGCUUCCUAAUAUUCAAUUCCCAAUGACCCAAUCACCUUUCAUUUCUAUGCCUCCCAAGCCUAUGCAACCCUACCUCUCUUCCCACCUAACCACUCUUGAUCACGACUCUGACCUUAAUGCACAGUUCGUUUCUCCUAUGCCAAAAUCUACUCAGGGAUCAAAGUGAAAAUAUGCUGUACAGAUAGCUUCGGUGCAACGUUUAGACAGUGAAUGGAGUUUGAACUCACUGCUGAUCAAAUCGAUUAUCAGGAUAAAGCAGUCUGACCAGCUGUCCCGGCGUACAAUAGCAAUAAUCGCAGAAUGAUAGAGCAGUUUGAAGUUUUUAUUAGUAACAUAUAUAUAUAUAUAUAUAUAUAUAUUGGCGACAAGCAACGAUAUUCACACAUUCAUCAUAGACAUUUUAUAUUUAGCACUACCUUGUCAGUUUCUUUAUUUCUUUCUUUUCCCCCCUUUUUGGGGGAAAACUCUAUCGUUGCUUCUAAUGAACUAAUUUC